AUCCCCAAUAAUUCAAAUUGCUCAAAAAUUGAAUUUAGUUAAAAUUUGGAAAAUGAAACAAAAUAGUCUAGUAGGUCCUCAAAUAUUCUGGCAUUUUCAAGAAGGUUAAACCGAGUAGACGCGUAAGGCUCUCAAGAGGCCACGUCGUCUCCCCCAAAAACCCAAUCCCCAAAAUAUAUAUACAUACAUCCCUUGCCCUAGAAAAUACAGAGCAAAGAAAUAUCAGAAAAAGAGAGAGAAGCAAUGGCGACGAAAGAGAUGGAAGUAGUGAGGAAUUUGGACGUCGAGAGAUACAUGGGGACAUGGUACGAGAUCGCUUCCUUCCCGUCGAGAUUCCAGCCGAAGAGCGGCGUCGACACACGCGCCACCUACACUCUCAAUCCCGACGGCACGGUGAACGUGCUGAACGAGACGUGGAGCGAUGGGAAGAGGGGUUCCAUCGAAGGAACUGCGUACAAAGCCGAUCCCAAGAGCGACGAGGCGAAGCUCAAAGUCAAAUUCUAUGUGCCCCCUUUCCUGCCUAUCAUUCCUAUUACCGGCGAUUAUUGGGUGCUCUACAUUGAUGAUGAAUAUCAGUAUGCUGUCAUUGGCCAGCCCUCUAGGAGCUAUUUAUGGAUUCUGAGCAGGCAAGCUCAUAUUGAUGAAGAUGUAUACAAUCGGCUGGUGGAGAAGGCUAAAGAACAAGGCUACGAUGUGAGCAAGCUCCACAAAACGCCUCACUCUGAUUCUCCGCCUGAAGCUGACACUUCGCCCAAGGAUACUAAAGGCCUUUGGUGGAUUAAAUCCAUCUUUGGGAAAUAGGAUCAAAUCCAGAGUUUAAAUCUAUGUAUGUGUGUAUGAAGAUGAUGUUUUCAUAUUAAUCUGUGUUCCUUUCCCCCCUUGUGCAGAAUAUUAAAUGCUAUCUUUAGAUUUUCA